GUAAAGGGACAUCAGGGCUAGCAUGAGUCAUUUAUAGAGCCAGUCAGGGCUAGAAAAGAGAGAAAGAAAGAGGAGGGGAAGAGAGAUCAAACAAACACUGUGAGGAGCAGGAUGUCCCAGCAAGACAAAGCCAGGCUGUGAGCAUCAUGUAUGUGAGUUAUCUUUUGGAUAAAGAAACCAGCAUGUAUCCAGGAUCUGCAAGGUGCAGCAGCAACAACCUGCCAGUGCAAAACUUUGUGUCUACUCCACCCUAUUCAGAUUACAUGGGAUAUCAUCAUGUGCCAACUCUGGACACCCAUGGACAGCCUGCGGGAACCUGGGGAUCUCACUAUGGCCCACAGAGGGAGGACUGGAAUGCUUAUGGCCCAGGACCUUCCAGCACGGUUGCUGCUGCACAGAUCAAUGGCUCAUCUCCUGGGCAGGUCUCCUACAGUUCUGCUGAUUACAGCUCCCUCCAUCCUGCUGGAUCUGGGGGGUUACCUCCUGUAGAUACAAUUAAUACACAGCAAAUCUCUCCCAACAGCCAAAGGCACAGCUCUUAUGAAUGGAUGAGGAAAACGGUGCAAUCUACUUCUACAGGUAAAACAAGAACAAGAGAGAAGUACCGAGUGGUUUACACAGAUCAUCAGAGAUUAGAAUUAGAGAAGGAAUUUCAUUACAACAGAUACAUUACAAUCAGGAGGAAGUCUGAACUUGCUGCAAACCUAAGACUUUCCGAGAGACAGGUGAAAAUCUGGUUCCAGAAUCGCAGAGCCAAAGAAAGAAAAUUAAUGAAGAAGAAAAUGACUCAUUUUGAUGGCAGCAAUCUUGGCUCUAUGCAGAGUGACUCUGGUUCAGUGAGCCCGAUGCCAGUUCCUGACCAACAGACUCAUUCAGAAAUGCCCAGUUCUUUAUUCCCACCUCCACCUCCUCCACCUCCACUUCCCAUGAAUGGUUUGCAGCACAACGGGAACCUGCAGCAGGUAGUGGCCUCUCAGUAA